UAAAGCUACGGCCCUCAAUCCCCAAAAAACAUAACCCCAUUUGCUAUAACUUGUCCUCUCAAUCUCUCAGCCGUUGGCGUUGGGCAGAUGGGCUGUCCCUUUUCUCCCUUCUUACUCACAAAGUUACCAUUUCUUGCCCUCUAAAACUCUCUCACAUACACCUCUACCAACUCAACUCACUUUCUACACCAAAAAUCUUCUUCAUUUCUCCUUUCUUCUCUCAGUUGAGUAAUUAGACACAGUUAUGGCGUCCAGGUGUCGAAGACAACAGCGCUGGUCUCCUCAGCCGCUCACUCCUCUGAUGGAAGGUCCUGAUUUUGGGGUGGAAGAUCAAGAAGGGUAUAAGAAGGAGAGUUCUUGGGAACUCAUACGAGAAUGGUUCAGAACACACAGGAAUGUGCCUGGAGGAACCGCCUUUUCCUCCUCAAUGUCUUUGUACGGACCCAAUGUUACCCCUGCCAAAAGGCAAGAUUUGAGGCUUCUGCUCGGCGUUCUCGGCUGCCCGCUCGCCCCCAUUCCCAUCUCUAACAACUCCGUUUCCCGUCUUCACAUUAAAGACAUCCCCCUCGAGACGUCUACAGCGUACUACAUAAUUCAACAGUACUUGGCAGCGACAGGUUGCUCCAAACACCAGGGUAGUUGCGCCAAGAACAUGUACACCUCGGGCAUGGUGAAAUUGGUGCGCUGCGAGACGGAGAUUUCGACGGGGAAAAACGUGAGGACAAUGGGGUCAAGGAGUGGCGAGAAUGGGUGCUUCGUGCUGUGGCAGAUGUCGCCAGGAAUGUGGUCGCUGGAGCUAGCUGUCGGCGGCCACAAAGUGGUGGCCGGCAGCGACGGCAAGAUUGUCUGGCGACACACUCCGUGGCUGGGUACUCAUGCAGCUAAAGGCCCACAACGCCCUCUUCGCCGCAUCAUUCAGGGGUUGGAUCCGAAGAGCACCGCAGGCCUAUUCGCCAAGGCCCAAUGCCUAGGCGAGAAGCGAAUCGGAGACGACGACUGCUUCGUCCUAAAAGUGGCGGCGGACCGUGCGGCGGUGAUGGAGAGGAACGAAGGGCCGGCGGAGGUGAUCCGGCACGUGCUGUACGGAUACUUUAGCCAGAAGAGCGGGCUGCUGAUCUACAUGGAGGACUCUCACCUCACCAGGGUGCACUCCGCGGACAACGACAGCGUUUACUGGGAGACGACCAUCGGGAGCAGCAUCGGAGACUACAGGGACGUGGACGGAGUAUUGAUCGCCCACCAAGGGAGAACGGUGGCGACGGUGUUCCGGUUCGGGGAGACUUCAAUGCAGCACACGAGGACUAGAAUGGAAGAAAUGUGGAGGAUACACGACGUCGUAUUCAACGUGCCGGGUCUCUCCAUUGACUCAUUCAUCCCCCCUGCUGAUAUAUUCGAUACAGCUCACACCGUAUCCCCGUAAUUAAUUUGGUGCUCCUUUUUGCUGGCUAGUUGCUUCUUCUCACAGUCAUAAAUUGCGGAUAAAAAAACGUUAUUUGAAUCUAGCGCUUUUCAUCACUACCACAUGUAUAUGCCUCUAAUGUUAAACGUGUUAUUUCCUUCUCACCAUGUACGCCCUACACCUUUAAUUACUAGAAAGAAUAUUUUAUAGCCAAUGUUUAGAAUUUUUCUCCAAGAAUGGAAUUUUUUACCACAAUGCAGUUCAGAGUUAGCUUAUU